UUUAUUUUGAUUUUCCAAGUAUAUCCUUACUUUAUGUCAAAUCAAACAAAAAGUAGGUAAAAAGUAAGGGUAGUUGUGAUUUUUUGGUUAAAAGUGGUUUUCUUUUAUAGAAAUGAUAACUUCUUUUUAGACAUCCAUAAAAGGAAAGUGAGAAUUUCUUUGCGGGACGGAGGUAGUUCUAAAUAUAAAUAGUGUAUAUAACGAAGAUGAAAAAAUAAAAAUAACAUAUUAACCAAUACGGAGUAAUAAAAUGUGUCACUUUAAUCUACAGAGUUGUUUGGUCAAAAAACUUAAAAACCCCUAAAGAAUUGUCUGUACAAACAACUCCAUCUCCAUGAUUGCAGGGAAAGAUAAGUACGUCAAAAAUGUGCGCAUAUGUACACCAAACAAGGCUCUAUUAGAAUAGUGAUUUCAAGGUCAAUUGAUUGAUAUGAGGUGGAGUGUUACUCACUUUUGUACGAGUACUAUUAUAAUUAAGCAAAAUAGUGUUUGGUAGGAGUACACCUGUUCCUAAAAUAACGUGGUCUAAACCACAAAUGUGCCGUCUUUGCCGUAGGGUUCCAAACUGUCCUCAAUGACCCCUUCUUGACUCUUCUUUCUCCUAUAAUCCCGGAGAGCUGGCGUGUUAAGAUAGGAUAGGUUUCCUAUUUGACUAUUUCAAUAAUGUACCUUCUUUUAUCUACUAUAUCUAUCGCGUGUACUUUGUCAAGUGCAAAGUAGUUAAGAAAUAAGAAUAAUAAAAAAAUUGUUGGUUGAGAUUUGUGCAAAGGAGAGAAAAAUGUGCAGAACCACAAAUUAGUUGCUUUAAUAGGUAAGUGACAAAGUUUUUUGAAACAAUCAAAAAAGAAAAGUUGACAAAGUCCAAAGGGAAGGAAGAUUAGCCUAAGACUCAACUAAAUCUGCAUUGACCACAAUACCCUUACUUUUAGAAAAUAACAAAUAUUAAAUAGACACUAAAUAGACAAUAAGUAGACAAUAAAUAGAUAGCUGGGGACGUACGUUCCCUGAAGUAGGAGGAAAACGUCUCCAGUUGGGGGACGUACGUCCCCUAAAGUAGAGGGAAAACGUCUCCAGUUGGCUACGUAUGUCCCCUGAAGUAGGGGGAAAGCGUCUACAGUUGGGGAAGUACGUCUCCUGAACUGGGAAUUUCAAACUCAAUUUACUCAAGUUGAAGGGGCAAAUUUGGAAACUAAUAAUUGAGUUUCUUAAAAUAGGAGUACAUGCAUCACACGGAUAGAAGAAACAUUAGGCAGUCCUAAUUUUGUAAAAGUAUUGUGUUGUAAUUUGUAAUUGUCUACAAAUAGCUAGGCCAUCAACUCUUAUAUCUUAACCUAUCUUAUAAAGGCCAGUUUUAGUAUUAAAUGCUCAUGGUUUGUCAUGGUUAGGCUUUAAGGUGUAGUACCGUGUGCUAUCAUAUUGUCCCGUAUGAACUAUUUUUCAAAUGGUCGACCUCACCAUCCAAUUUUACCGUUAACAGUGUUAAAUUCAUUUGGCGAUGGUUACUUGUGUUUAAGGAUGCUUACUCCACAUACGAUAUGAAAUUGGUAUAUCCGCUAUGUGUUAUCAUUUUUGUAUCGACUCUUUAGUUUCAACAACUUUUAAUUUUUCAGCGUAUAACUCUCGUGUCGAGUUGUUUUCUUGGUUCGAGUCCAUUUUUUAUUUUCCAACCAAAUCAUCACAGAAUACCCACAUCUCUAUUCGACAAUGGACAAGAUGUACCGUCUCUUAUCAAUUUAAUUUUAUAUUCAGAUUUUAACUUUUCACCUAUUCAAAUACAUAAUGGGAUUUAAAGUUCCCUUAUCCCCUUCUCACGAUCAUGAUCAUCAAUAUCUAAGUUGUACUAUUCUCUUCCCAAUUGUUAAAUGAGUUCACGUUGCAUUUUAACUAUUUUUUUGCUUAGAGGCUAUUUCCUAUUUUUUAAAAAAAUUGUAAUGCUUGUGUUCUACAAAUGUUAUCUCGAUUAUUGAUAGAUGAUCUGAAAUUGACUAGCUAAUGCAAUAAUCCGAAGCUCAUUAAUGUGAUCUCGAGUAUGAUUAAAUGAUCUGAACAAGCUCAGAUGAAAAGAAAUGAAAUGCACAAUAGGUGUUUGAUAAUAUGUGAAGCUUAUUUCAUUGUACUUACUCUCACAUGCUAACACACAUAUCAGUUUUUUUUUUCUUACAUAUUGAUUUCCACUUAGUCUUAGAAUUGUCCCCAUUAUUUCAUUCAAAAAAGAAAGAAUUGUCCCCAUUAUUUUUGAACUUAACUUAGUGUCAUUUCAAACAACUAAGAAAAAACACAAAUCUUUUUUAAAUAUGGUUCGUUUGUGUGUGAGUUCAUUGUAAGUGCGCCAUCUAAAUUCAAAAGCAAACAUCUCAUUAAAAUGUUUAUGCAUAUAGAAAUGAAAUGAUACUAAUCUUCUCUGAUCUGUAGAGUGUAAGUGGGAUGAAUAAAAAUAGCUUAAAAAUAGAAUUAGUGAACUUGUGUGGAAUAUGUUAUUUUUGUGCACUCGUUUCUUUUGACAUUGCACUUUCAUAUUUUUUCUCCGACAUUUCAUGUUUAGUUUUUUGAGUGUAGUGCUCCCCUGAUAUAUUAUUUAUUCUACCUAAUACGUUUAUUGCAUGAGGACUACCUUGAGUUUAUCAUACAUUAUUACUAUGGGAAAAAAUAGUUUACAUCUCGAGUAGCCGCUUAUUUAGGUAUUAUUAUCAAUACGAGAAGUUAGUGAUUGACAGUUUUGUUUUAAUUAAAAUGUUACGUUGUUCCCAUCUUCUCAAUGUAGUAUGUCUGUCACUAAUACUCCUUCCGUUUCACAAUCUUUGACACACUUUCCUUUUUUGGUUGUUUCACAAUCAAUGACACACUUCCUUAUUUCCUUAUUUGGUAAACAAAUCUUUACCAAAACAGUGCAAAACAGUGUCAAACGGUGCCAAACAGUGCCAAACAAUGUUCAAACAGUGCCAAACAGUGUACUCUACAGUAAAAUUUACCCCUCAGUAACAUUUUUUCCUUAAUUCUUGACAAGUCAAACUGUGUCAAAGAUUGUGAAACGGAGGGAGUAUUCAUUAAAACAUAGAAACUACUCCCUUUGUCCCCCAUUUAUGUUACCACUUUCCUUUUUGGGCAGUUCCUAAAUUAAGUUCACACUUCCUUACUUUCUUUAUUUGACAAAUUAUCUACAUCAAAACAGUGUCAAACAGUGCAAAACAGUGCCAAACAGUGUCAAACAGUGUUUGAACUGUGCAAAACAGUGCACUCCACAGUAAAGUCAAAUUUAAUUUCUUAAUACGUGUGAAGUCAAACCGCGAACUUAAUUGAGGGACGGAGGGAGUAUAUUUUUAUGAUUUUAUUGUAGCAUGCUAAGUUUAGAAACAAGUAUGGUGAUUUAUCUUGUUUAAAUUCAAUUAAACCAACUAUGAACUUCUUUUUCUCCGCUUGACCUAUUCUUUCACGUUGAAUCCCCUACGUACAACUUUUAUUCCACACACAAGAGAUACGCAAUUGAUGAAAAGAUUUGUCUUGAUUAGAGACCAAAUAUGUUCAAAAUUUUCAUCUUUAGAAGAAACUAUCAAUUUUCUUGAAAAAUGUACCUUAAAUGGAAAGCUUUCUUCUUCUAAGGUGUAUGACUUACUAAGAGUCAAGGCCACUCCUAGGGCGUGGAUGCCUUUCAUUUGGAAAUCUUACAUACCACCAAAAUUUUCAUUCAUUGCAUGGCUGGCUUUUAGAAAUAGAUUAGCUACUUAUGAUAAUUUACCUUACCUUGAUGUGGCGAAUAUAUGCCCUUUUUGUGAGGGUGGUCCGGAAACGGUACCACACCUAUUUUUUGAAUGUUGUUUUACAGGUCAAGUGUGGGAAAAUGUCAAGCAAUGGCUAGGACUAACAAGGAGCAUGCAUACUCUUAGGAGCUCGGUCAAAUAGAUCAAAAAAGAGCAAAGUGGAGCUAAUCUAAAAGCAAAGGCCGUGAGGAUAGCAUUUUGUUACUCGAUAUAUUGGAUUUGGAGAUCAAGGAACUCCAUUCGGUUUGAUGGUGCAAAAGCAAACAUUCAAGGAGUUGUAGCCCAAAUCAAGUUUAUGGUCUAUAAAUUGUUAUACUCCUUAUAUCCGGUCGAUAUGAUUAACUUUUGAAACUGAUGGGGUGCUUUGUCUCCCACUUUUUGUCAUGCCUUAUGGCUAGUUUUGGAGUGGAUAGCUAGCUCUCUUUGAGAUGGUUAUCUAUGUAGCACGGAAACUCUUGGGAAAGAGUACGUUUCCCGUUUCGGAAACUCUCGGAAACUCUUUGGAAACUCUCCAAAUAAGCGUUUUUUGAGCAAAAGUUGACGCUUCCCGUUUCCCGUUUCCUUAUGAUUUUCACGUUUCCAUGCAACAUAGAUGGUUAUCACGCAGAUGGAUGGGGAAUCCAAAUCUUUGGAUUGCCUAUAGUUUUGGUUUUUGUUUAUAGGUUGUACAUAUACUCUUUUGAUGAUAUAUAUAUUUACAUU